ACAAAUUCCUCUAUUUAGCAAACAGUAUUUUCUCUGAUUUUUCUCCUUAAUUUGUGAUCUGAAUUUCUCCAUGGAUUUGUGUUUCACUGUUUCUCUUUUGCUCGAUCUUCGAUCUUUCUUUCCAUCAUGAACACUGAUUCUUCUUUCUCAGUCUUUUUAGGUAAGACACGUUGAGCCUCUUAACGCUUCUCAAGUUAAAAUUGAAUUUGAUCUUACCAUGUCUGACCGCGUUGCAAAAUCAGAUCGUGAUAGCGAUGGAACAGCUAGGAAAUCUAUGAACCAUUACCAUGCUGCUUGGAUGUGUCACUGGAGGCAUGCAAGGGAAAAGCCGUCCACUGAGGUUCACAAUCAUUUACUGAACUUUCCUGGACCCAAAAAAGUUGAUCAUGAGGAUUCUAAGAAGCAUCCUUUCCUUGAAGGGACUGAAAUGGAAACCAAUAUUUUGAAAUAUUCUCAAGGAGAUGUUUCUGAAGCCAGAACAGAUGACACCUUGAAAAAGAGUCUGAGAACAGUUUCAAAGAAGUUGGGGAAAGAAAUUUUGGAUGGACAGUCUCUUCGACUGUCCACCAAUACAGGGAAUAGGGGAAGUGCUUUGUCUUUGAAGAAUAAUGCAGGUACUUCAUCUGAUGUUGAGGCAGUGAGGUAUCGAAUCGAUCUCAAUGAUGGUCAUAAUUCUCUUGCGCUGGGUAAAAGUGACUGGGCAUAUCCUGAAGGCAUUUCACGGAUUCCUCAGCAGCUGGUCAAGCCUCAUGAAUUUCUUGAAGAAAACAUCUUACCUGUUUCAUUGUCUUUUCAAAAUGAUGUUGGGUCAUUUUCUAAAAUUGUACCAUAUGUAGUGCGGAGUGCGGUGGCUCCAAAACAAUCUUUCACACAUCAACAUGAAAACAUUGAUCAAUCAAGUCCUGUUGUAGUUCCCAAAGAGCACCUCAUGGAUACUAAACUUUGCAGAUAUUCUAACUUUUGGGUCCAUGAGAAGAAAGCUGAUGCCCUUUUCGAGUCCAGAAGAGUGGGGAGUUCAUUAUCCAGACAGAAUGUUGCACCUCUAUUACUGAAUGACCAGUCAAGAAACAAUAGUGAGAAUAAGCAGAGUCAGAAAUUGGAAACUGAUUCUUAUAUUAGAUUGCUUCCAAGCUUGGGUGGUCCUGAGGAAAAGAAAUCAGGAAAACCAUACAAUGAGCAUUUCUUGCUGCCAAGAAUACCUCAUUCUGUUCAUGAUGUCAAGACUAUGAGGAUUCUUUCUUGUUUCAGAACAUCAAGGGAGUUCAUACAUUAUCUGAAACUGAGAAUGCUACUGGAGAAGCUAGGAACAGAAGUAACAACACAGAAUUACCUGAUAUGAAUGACGGGCUUCCUGCACUUCCUUCUGGGGCAAACUCGAUGGAUGAUGGGAUGACAAGCACCUCAAGAACCCAGAGUUUAGAUGCAUAUAAUCUCCUUUUCCAUGCUGAGCAGCCUGCAAAUUCCAAUACCACUUCUUGUCCAGAUGGUGUUUUGGGGCCAGAACCAAGCAGCAGAUGGGUUAAACGUCUCAAAUUGAACACUUCAGAUCCUUUUGCUUUUGGUACUAUGAGCUCUAGAAUAGGGGAAAUUUCAUCCCGUGAAAAGAUUAACAAGAUCAGAAAAUCAUGAACUGCAGCAGAACGAGUUCAGAGCCCACAGUGGGUAGAAGCUAUAUGAGACCAAAACUGGCUCUUGAUCAAACUCCAGUGCUAUUAAAGAACGGCGACUCCACUUCCAGUGGUUCAGUGAGGAAAAGUCAUGAAAUAUCUGUUUCAGGUGCUUGGAUUCACCGAUGGUGUCGUCACAAAGCUGCUCCACGAAACAAGAAGCCAGAUGCUGCAGUGCUAUGUGAACCACCGAGCUCAAAGGCAACUUCGCAUGAACUCCAAGAGAAGCAGUUUCCAAGCAUUGCAGCCAUGGGUUUGAUGGGGAAGGCCAUAAACGGUUUUCAUCCUUGUGAGUUUAGAAGAAAGGGGUCUUUGAUAAUUUGGAAUACUUGAGAGAUUUAGAGGCAAUUCUUGCUAAAACCAUUCGUGCUGGAAAAAACAAGUUGACCUCUAGGCGAUGCCAGUAGUGUUGUUGGUUCUAGUUGUUGCUGAGGCCAAGAAAUGCUCAAUCCAUCUUUGUUUCAUAUCAAUAAGAUCUUUCGCAUGAAUGGAGUGAAAAUGUUGCCCAAGUAUGCGUCCUUCAUACUUACAUUUCAUGUGAUAUUUACAUAAAAGGGUAAAGUUCUUCUAGUUGGGUUAUUUAUGGAAGGAUGCUACAGAGGCCUUUAGCCUUAAAUGAGCACUUUAACGGAGGAUCAAGGAGGCGAUCUCAACAACUAUCAUCUUUUCUUGCAAGUUUGAAGAACACUCCAUGACUCAGAAAUGACAAGGAAAUACGAAUUGGACUGUGAAUCUUCAUAGAUUAGAGUGAGUUUUGUAAUAAUGAAUCGGGUAUGUGUUUGUCUGAAAAACUAAAAAGAUGGAAGGAGUGGUAGGUAAUUUUGUAUCAAGUGGAUUGCGUACUUUUGAAAUUUACAACUACCCUAAGAACAGUGUAUUAACUAUUUUAGUGAUA